AAAGCCUCUCUGCCUCCCUGCUGGCCAGGAGUGUCUGUUUUUUUUAAUAACUGUGCUGGGUGCUUUCCCUCCUCCCCCUCGCUCUGCUGUGUGAAGAGCUGGGGUAGGUUGGCGCCAUUCAAUGUGAGGAAGGGGAGCUGUAACAUUGUGUCACUGAAUAGAUACCCAGCUUGGCGAGGUCUGCCAUGCCUAGCAAGCGGAACUCAAAGGAGGACUCACACUCUGACCAGUGGGUGAUGUUGGUACAAGAGUCUGCUAUUGAUGUAGCAGACAAGGCCAACUGUGGACCUGUUUUUACGAGACUACGUAAUCCCAAAACAGGCACUGCUGCUUUGUACUUUUUUAAUAGUGGUGCUAGUCAAGUGUAUGAAGUGAAAGCUUUUGAUGAAGAGUGUCGUUCAUGGUUUAUUGGUCAGUCUGUUCAGCAAGAUGGAAGGCUUCUGUUUGUUACUCCCCUGGAUCCAUUGUUUUUGAUACUUCCAUACUUUAUACAGGCCAAUGAGAAGCAAGGAAAAUUUCAGCCUGUGGAUCAGGUAAUAAAGGAUGAAGAUUUUCCCCGGUGCAGCAGCAUAUUGAAUUGUGCAAAGGUUUUGCAAUCGCUCCACCACAUCACUGAUGAAAAAGAAAUUUGUAAUCAGAAGUUUUAUAAAUACAAUCAAGAGAAAGCACUUGGGUGGCUAAGGAAAAAGGCUGAGCAGACUGUCAAAGCACUGAAGAACACUGGUCUUUCUGUUGGUGGAGGUGUGCAGUCCAGUAUGCUGAUUAGAAAUAAAGCAGUUACAGAAGUGACUGAAGAGGACUACUUACGCUAUGCUCAUGGUUUGCUGUCAGAUUAUAUUCCUGCAGAUCUAAGUGUGGAGCUACUUAAUUCCUUGGAAUUGCCAGCUGUUUCAACAAAAACCGCAGUGGGUGAGCCACCAUCAAAGAAAAGGAAACUAUCAGACAAACCAGUGGAGGCUGAAGAGGACUAUACCAAGUUCAACUCUGAUUCAAAGGAGAAAAAGCCCUCCAAAAUGACAGCUGCACAAAAAUCUUUGGCAAAGGUUGACAAGAGUGGAAUGAAAAAUAUAUCGACUUUCUUUGCGUCAAAGAACAAAGCAGCAACAAAGUCGACAUAAUGUUUUGGUGAAUUCUUC